UUUGAAAAGAGGCGCCCCCAAAAUGGAGGUGGUCGCCGUCGCCGCCGUCUCCGUCUCCGUCCACCAACUCCGCCUCCAAUGCCAUUAACCCUACGCGCACGGGCCUCCCGGUCGCCGACCUCGCAGCCGCAGGCCUCCGUGAUGCCGUCGUGGUGGAAGCGCUCCAAGUCGGCGUUCCAGCGCUCCGCCGAGACUUCCUCCACCUCCACCCCGGCCUCCCCGGCGAGGGCGUCCACCUCGUUGUGCGCGCAGCCCAGCCGCCGCAGCGCCGUGGGGGGAUGCGCCGCCGAUGACGCCGGGGACGGGGACCUCCUCGCGCCGCGCCGGCAGCUCAGGCGGCAGCGGAAGCUGCGCCACGUCGACGACAUCGACGUGGGGCUCGAGAGCCUCGGCCUCGUCGUCGCGUCCUCGUCGCCUCCGCCGAACGGCCGCGCGUCCGCCUCCGAGGCCGUUCGGGUCCCCAUCUCGAUCCCGAUCUCGAGGUCCGCGAGCUCCGCGGAGGGGAGAGCCCUCCAGCCGCCGAGGGCGGCGUCGUCGCCCGUGCUGCUCCCGCUCCCGCUGCCGUCUCCCAGACCCGCGGCAUUGGACGCGGCGGAGCCGCCGGGGAUUGCCGAUGGUGGGGGCGAUAGGAUGAGGGUGACAAGCCAGAUUGUUCAAAAGUUUCCCGAUCGUAAUGAUUUGCACCUAAACACUACAAAGGGUACUACAUCUAGUCAUCACAGGAAGGCAUUCCGCGAGAAGCUUCAAGAUAAGAGUUCAACUGAAACUGUGAACUUUCGGUUGAACAUUCCUGCUAAAAGUGCUCCAAGCAGUGGGUUUUCAAGCCCUGUGUGCAGCCCUCGAAGAUUCAGCAACGCUGACUUCACAUAUACUGUACCGGCUGUUCAAGGUCCCCAAGCAUGGUCUGCUCCGUCAAUCCGCUCAAUAGAUUAUAUUGGAGCUUCAUCUCCGCGGAUGUCACCUGAAAUAUAUACAGGGGUUACAGAGCAACCACCUUUUUCCAAUGCAUUGAGAAGUCCUGUUCUUAUGUCGAGGAAUACCAGCGCCCCUCCCUCACCUAUGCACACAAAAUUAUUCCCAGAAAAUAUUUUUUCACGUACUGAAGGCAAUGGGAAUGUCAGCUUACACCCAUUACCGCUUCCUCCUGGAGCUAUAAACUCAAUGCAGACAAGCUUUGUUAACCAGUCUGUUCCAAAAGUUGAAAUGCCAUCAGUGGCCUGUCAAUGGCAGAAGGGAAGACUUCUAGGUAGUGGUACAUUUGGCUGUGUAUAUGAAGCUACCAAUCGGCAAACUGGAGCUCUUUGUGCAAUGAAAGAAGUUAACAUAAUUCCUGAUGAUGCAAAAUCUGUCGAGUCUUUGAAGCAGUUAGAGCAGGAAAUAAAGUUCCUAAGCCAAUUCAAGCACGAAAACAUAGUACAGUAUUAUGGAAGUGACACUAUUGAAGACCGUUUCUACAUUUACCUGGAAUAUGUUCACCCAGGUUCAAUUAAUAAGUAUGUCAAACAACAUUAUGGAGCAAUGACAGAAUCAGUUGUACGCAACUUCACCCGCCAUAUUCUGAGGGGUUUAGCUUUUCUGCAUGGACAAAAGAUUAUGCAUAGGGAUAUCAAAGGGGCAAACCUGCUAGUUGAUGUUAAUGGUGUAGUCAAAUUAGCUGACUUUGGCAUGGCCAAGCAUUUAAGUACAGCAGCUCCUAAUCUUUCACUGAAGGGAACACCAUACUGGAUGGCCCCAGAGAUGGUUCAGGCUACACUAGUUAAAGAUGUGGGUUAUGAUCUUGCUGUUGAUAUCUGGAGUCUUGGUUGUACCAUUAUCGAGAUGUUUAAUGGAAAACCUCCAUGGAGUGAACUUGAAGGGCCUGCUGCAAUGUUUAGAGUUUUGCACAAAGACCCACCAAUUCCCGACAACUUAUCUCAUGAGGGCAAAGAUUUUCUGCAAUGCUGUUUCAAGAGGAAUCCAGCAGAGAGACCAACUGCGACUGAGCUGUUGGACCAUCCAUUUAUCCGGAAUUCAAGUCAUUACAACAAACACGGUUCAAUACAUUCAUUUGCAGGGAUUAAAUCUCAUGAUAAUGGAAAUAGCUUAAGAGACAAAGCAGCCUCGAAGAGUGAUUCCUGCUUGAAAGGAAAAAAUACAGUAGGGGAGCCAACCAAUGCUAGGCCUUCCGAACCAAAUUCUCGACUGACUCCACUAUCAAUCCUGGAAGUUACUCCUAACUUCUACCCACGACCCUUAGGUCUAGCCUCAAAUCCUGCUUCAUCAGCAAAUUUAGUGAACACCAUGUAUUUUCCAAUUGGAAGCGCUCAGUCUAGUCCGUUGCCAAGACCUAAUGGAAAGGAGGUUAUGUUCUAAAGAUAUGAAAGACUGAGACCUCCAUCUCGGAUCCUAUUUAUGUGUUCAUGUGCACUGCAAAUCCGGUCCUAGCUGUAAUUACACAAUUAGAGCAGAGGAGGAAUGGAAAGAUAAGCAGGGAGAUAAAUCCUGUGCAUCUUGGUUCUGUGCUGUUGAGCUGCCCAGUAAGAUAAUGGUGGAAGAAGCAUUGUUGCAUCCAGGAAGAGCCCUACUUACACUAAUAAUAUCUAAUGGAAGGCAUCAAAGUUUUGCAGCCGUCAAUCUUUAACUCAUAAGUUAACCAUUUUUUGUGCAACAAUUGCACUAUGAAUCUGUACAGUUUACAUGUUCUUGUAAAGUAGUGAUGGCCUGUUUGGGCUUGCGACAAAAUGUUACUGAAUGCUAUAGAUCCAUGAAAGCACAGGAUCUUCAUUGUUUUGGGAUAUACCGAUGGCAUUUUUUUGUGUGUAACAUACAAUCAGGAUUAGCUGUAGAUAAAGCUGAAAGUUCCAUCUUUUAAUCCCACCUCCAUGUAAUCAUAUUUGAUUGUAUUUUGUACAAAAUUGACAAAGCUCUAUUGGGCUCUUUGUCAAUACUAGUGGUAUAUAUGUAACCUGUUUUAUUUGAUUUUUUGAGGGGUGAGGAGCUUUUGUAGGGUUUGAUAAACUGCUCAAGUCAAAUCAUGCUUCUUCUGUAUGAGAUUGAGAAUGUACCUAUUUGUGGGAAACU